UCCACGACCCGGGAUUCUUGGGGCGCCCCAGCGACAAGAGGCCUCGACUGUCCGUUUCAGAUUGUUUCCCGCCAUGGCUCCGAUGGAGGCGGACGGCGAGCUGCCCACCGCUACACUACAAAGAAAACAAGCGAUCUAUAAAUCUAAGGACGAGGGGUUUUUGCUGGGGGCACCAACGUACAAGGGUCAGCAGUACAGCCAACUCUACUUCGCUCGGCUGCAUGUAUUGAGGGAGCUCCUUCGUUCCCUUGCCAAGAAAUGGAAGCCCCAUUUGUCAGUUCAGAAUAUUUUGGGUCUUGAAGAAGGGAAGGAUUGUAUCAUCAUCGGGACCCUGUACAAGCAAAUGAAGCUCAAGCCUUCCGUUCUUGAUGAAUACUCAAAAGAGAGAUCGUCUGUGCCUCUCGUGAAACCUCACAAUUUCAUGCAUCCGGACGACCACCUAAUAUUAGAAGACGAGAGGGGACGAGUUAAACUCGCCGGCAGUGCGCUUCCUCCAUCAGAAUUUGUGACAGGCGUUGUUGUGGCUCUUCACGGCAAGGAAAUUAGCGAUGGUACCUUUCUAGUUGAAGACGUGCUGGAAGCUGGGCUGCCAGCACAAACCAAAUUGCCUCUUGAGCCGAGAGAAGACAAAUAUGUUGUUUUUGUGUCAGGAUUGAGUAUGGGAAGCAGGUUAUCUAACCCUCUUCAGUAUCAGUUGCUUGUGGACCAUUUAACUGGGCAUUUAGGAGGUGGAAAUGAGCAAAGCAUGGCAUCACAGAUUGUGCACGUGGUGAUUACUGGAAAUUCUGUUGAACUUCAACAGGGACUUCUUGCAGGUCAGGCCUUAGGUCCAAAGGACCAAAACAAGCUUUAUGAGCCAAUCAAGGAGCUUGAUCUUAUGUUAACUCAGCUUGCAUCGUCUGUUCCUGUAGAUAUUAUGCCAGGGGCAAGUGAUCCUGCCAACUUCUCUUUGCCUCAGCAGCCUUUGCACAGGUUUCUUUUCUCAGGAGCAUCCUCUUUUAACACCUUCCUAUCGAGUACCAACCCUCACCGUUUUAUACUUGAUGAUAUUCUGUUUCUUGGAACAUCUGGUCAGAACAUAGAUGAUCUUGAGAAAUACUCUGAUGCGAAAGACAAACUGGAGUUCUUAGAGCGGACCCUGAGGUGGAGGCAUUUAGCACCAACUGCCCCAGAUACGCUUGGAUGCUAUCCAUUCACUGAUGGGGAUCCAUUUGUUAUUGAUGGUUGCCCUCAUGUUUAUUUUGUUGGCAAUCAGAGCAGAUAUGAAAGUCGUAUAUUAAAAGGCUCUGAAGGACAGGUGGUUAGACUGAUAUGCAUUCCAAGAUUUUGUGAGACUGGUGUUGCUGUCCUGUUAAAUUUGCGGGACCUUGAAUGCUAUCCUCUUCAGAUUGUCUGUAACAUAUCUUGAAGUAUGAGAUUGAGGGAAGUAGGCAGUUGUUUUCGUCUCGGAUUCAACAUUGAGUUCUUGAUAAACGUUUCUGCUGAAACUGUAUCGUCUCAUUUAUUUCUAUACUUUGUUUCUGCUUAAAAUAGCUGCAUUUGUUGUAAAAUAUGUGGUUUAGUUGCAUGGCAGAUGCUCGCUUCUCUCCCUUUCAAAUGUUAUUAUAUUACUUGUUGGGCACA